AUGUCCGAUCACCAAUACAAAUUCAAUGUGUCCAUGAGCUGUGGCGGCUGCUCAGGCGCUGUCGAGCGCGUCCUGAAGAAACUCGAAGGUGUCAAGUCUUUCGACGUCAACCUUGAGUCCCAGACAGCGAACAUUUCCACCGAGCCUACUGUUUCCUAUGAUACCGUGCUGGCCGCGAUUAAGAAGACUGGAAAGACCGUGAACAGCGGUGAGGCAGAUGGCCAGACCAUGAGUGUUUGA